AUGGAGAAAGCCAAUCACACCCUUGUUAAUGAAUUUGUCUUCUUGAAGUUCUCCAACUCUCCACAGAUCCAGAUGCUCUUCUUCAUCCUCUUCCUACUGAUAUACCUCCUGUCCUUAGCAGCAAAUACCCUCAUCUUGCUCCUUGUGGUGCUGGAUGAGCGCCUCCAUACACCUAUGUAUUUCUUCAUUGGCAACCUCUCACUAGUGGAGAUAUGGUAUACCACAGUCACUGUGCCUAAGAUGUUGGCCAACUUCAUCAGUACCAGAGGUGUCAUCUCAGUCCCCAGCUGCAUUGCCCAAUAUUACUUCUUCUUCUCUUUGGCAGCAACUGAACUUUUCAUCCUAACCACCAUGGCUUUUGACCGCUAUGUUGCCAUCUGCCGACCACUCCAUUAUACACUAUUACUCAGCCCCAAGACAUGCAAGAUGCUAGCUUGGAUAUGCUGGUCCUUGGGUUUUCUCUGCCCCAUGUUCCCCUCAUUCCUCCUUACACAGAUCUCUUUUUGUACGCCCAACCAGAUCAACCACUUCUUCUGUGAUGCAGAUCAAAUAUUUCGCCUCUCCUGCACUGACACAUAUGCUAUACAGGCAGUAGGCUAUGCCUUCAGUACUGUCAUCAUUCUAGGUGCCCUAUUAUUCACCCUAUUGUCCUAUGCCCAAAUCCUGGCUACCAUCCUGGCCAUGGCUUCAGCUACUGCUCGUGGCAAAGCCUUCUCCACCUGCACAGCUCAUCUCUCUGUAGUCACCAUCUAUUUUGGGACACUCAUCUUCAUGUAUGUCCGUCCAGCUGUAAAGUAUGAGUCAAGUAUCAAUAAGGUAGUUGCCAUCUUCUAUUCAGUCAUCACACCACUUCUCAACCCACUCAUCUAUACACUUCGAAACAAGGAUGUCAAGGAUGCCCUGAGGAUCAUAGCUGCUCAAAUCCAAGGCCAUCAUCCUAUAAGCCUGGAAACUUAA